AUGAUUUCGUUGCGGAACAACCAUAUCGACCAGAUUACAGAUUAUACCGAAAAACGCAUCUCCAUAUAUAUCGAAAGUUUUGCUAAGACGGACUUUACCAGAGUCAACCUUUCUCCAAAAGAGAGGAUUUUGGAUUUUAAGCAAUCGAAGCUGGUGGCGAUCUCGGUGUUAUUAGCAUUAUCGAGUUUGCAAAACUGGGAAAAUGCAAAGCACGCAAACUCGACAGCCCCAAAGCCCAAGGUGACAUGCUACUUCAUAUUCGGUGACUCGAUUUCUGAUAAUGGAAACAAUAAUAACCUUAAAACAUUGACCAAUGUGAACUAUCCACCAUAUGGGGUUGAUUCCCCCGGAGGACCAACCGGAAGGUUUACCAAUGGCCGAACCCUACAAAAUUUUAUUGCCUUUGGGAUUUUACAUUAUAAGCCUCCUUUUGCCCAAGCAAUGGGGAAAGGAAAAGAAAUGCUUAACGGUGUGAACUAUGCGUCCGGUCCAGCGGGCAUUCUUGACGAAACCGGAAAAAUGCAGGGUGCUCGGGUACCUUUCAAUGAGCAGAUACAAAAUCACAAAAUUAUAAUCUCGAGGAUUACAGCUUUAAUGCGAAAUGAUUCAGCGACAAAAUCUCAUCUAAGCCGAUGCAUUUACUCGGUUCAAAUUGGAAGCAAUGGCCACAUCAACAACUAUUUCAAGUCAACAUUGUACCACUCUGGCCGACGCUACACUCUGUUGGAAUUUUCUAAUGUACUCGUUCAGCAACUCUCGGUACAACUUAAGGUAAUAUAUACCGGUGCAAGAAAGUUCACCGUGUACGGGGUGGGGAUGAUCGGUUGCACUCCGGAUGCACUCUCGGUGUUCAGAGCCGAUGGAUUGCCUUGUGUACAGAAAUUAAAUGAUGGUGCAACCCCUUUUAAUGAAAAACUCAAGCCACUGCUCAACGAACUCAACCGCAACCUAACCAAUGCUGAUUUUACCGAUCUCAUUCCUUCCGGAAAUCCGACCGGUCUCGUGACGAAUAGUUCAUGUUGCCAAACCGGGGCUGGUGACGGCGAGCUUUGUCUUCCCAGUUCGAAGCCCUGCAGUAACCCAAGGCAGUACAUAUUUUGGAACGGUGUCCAUCCGACCGAGGCUUGGAAUGAGAUGGUCGUGAAAAGUGCUUACGAUUCCGAGAAACCCGGGGAAGCUCAUCCGUUUAACAUUCGUAAAUUAGCAAUGCAGCCGUGCCCUCAGGCUUUGAGAUCAUGA